AUGGAUGAUCACACUCAAACGCCAUCACACGAUGACAAUGAUCAAAUUGCCAAAGAUCCAAAGUGCUGCCCUAGACUGGACAUAGCCACAGACAAAGAACCACUAUCACAACAGCAAUCAAACAAGAGCGUCAUUCUCGUACUUCUAUCAGGAUUAGGAUGGCUGGACAGGCUUCUAACGCCUUUGAUCGUGAUAGCAAUGGUGAUUGGCGUUGUGAUUGGUGAAUAUGCGCCUAAUGCAAAGGAAAACUUAUCAAAAGGUCAUUUAUACGGCGUUUCCGCUCCUCUUGUUAUUGGUUUGAUCGUGAUGAUGUGGCCAAUUUUGACAAAAGUUCCAUUUGAAAGCUUACAUAGAACGUUUCAAACAUCACGUUUAUGGUCACAGAUUGGAAUGUCGCUACUGUUGAAUUGGAUCAUUGGACCUUUCUUGAUGUUAGGGCUGGCAUGGGCAACGUUACCUGAUCUCGAAACAUAUCGAACGGGUAUCAUCAUGGUAGGAUUGGCAAGGUGCAUUGCAAUGGUGAUGAUUUGGAAUAAUAUCGCUCAAGGAGAUGCGGAAGUAUGUGCAAUCUUGGUCAUCAUUAAUUCAGUAUUGCAAAUGGCACUUUAUGCUCCUUAUUGCAUCUGGUUCAUUAACGUAAUCUCACAUGCAUCACAAUCAUUCACCUUGCAAUAUGGCCCAACUGCCAUCUCUGUUUUGAUCUAUCUUGGAAUCCCACUAGGCGCAGGAGUGGUGACCCGAUUUGGUGUGAUGUGGUUAUUAGGCAAAAAGAGGUUUUACAACACCUUUCUGCCUUUCUUUGGCCCACUUUCACUGGUUGGACUGUUAUACACAAUCAUCAUUAUCUUUGCAGAACAGAGCAAACGUAUUUUAGACAACCUCGGUCCCACCUUUCGCACGUUCGUUCCGCUUGUGCUGUAUUUUGCCAUCAUGUGGACGUUCACAUUUGUUCUCGUCUGGCGUCUCAGUCUACGUGAGAGCCUGAUGGAGGAUGUUGACAUUAGACAACGCACAAAAUGGGGAUAUGAAAUGGCAGUAGUACAAGCAUUCACUGCAGGCAGUAAUAAUUUUGAACUUGCAAUCGCGGUUGCAGUUGCAGUGUAUGGAGCAGAUUCUGAUCAGGCGUUAGCGGCUACUAUUGGACCGUUGGUUGAAGUGCCGGUAUUACUAAUCUUAUCAUGGGUUGCAUUAUGGCUCAGAAAGAAGCUUACUUGGGAUAAAACGGAGAAGAACGAUCUCAAUGCACCUUCGGCAAAUAAAAAUAGAAGCCAAAGAUGA